CAAGAGUGGAGCCAGUGGUUCCUUCUGAGGACCAAUCGGCGUGUGGAAGAAGGACCGAUUCCGCCCAUCGUUGGUGCACGGGAUUGGGUUAGCCAUAAAAAAAAAUGGCCCAACUCUGGCGGACACCCGACUGGGGGCCAGUCGCCGAUUUUCGAUCGGCUCCGACACUUUCGAAGUGCUGCAAGAUUUCAUCCUCUUCGUGACUGCUACAGCCAACAAUGAACGCGGUGACGGGCCACUUUGAGCGUCGCUCUUGCCGACACUCGACGCUGUUCAUGGCCGAGUACAAACGGUACGGGCCUGAGUCAUCUGUACAUUGGGAGGAAAAGGGUCCUCAACAAUUGAGUCUGCAAAUUGUUCAUUGUUGGUUGCUGCCUCAGGACCAAUCGCACCAAGAAGACCAAGGUGCGCUAUUCUAUCCACUGCACUACCAUAUUGCAACUACCCAUCGCAACCAGUCAGUCUCACGUCCUUUUGACUUCUUAUAUGCCGUGCUGCACUCGACGAAACCAGAUCCUGCGCUGCUUCCCGCAUUGCUGUCCCGAGCAUCUCAACCGCAGCUACUGUGGAACGUCACUCUGCGUUCGCGUCAAGCUUGUCGACCCCGCAUGUCUGGACGUCCAGCAGCAGACUGAGACGACCACCGUCUCAACGAACAACCCUGCCAGCUUGUUAGUGUACGCUCACUUUGAGGAAGCCCAGACCAACUUCCUGGCCAUCAACGACGUGAUCGACUACAAUGAGGUGAGUAGCUCCAUCCAGACGGAGCAGACACCCAAGGGCACGUGGAUAGAGGGCACCGUCGUACGCGACGCCGACGUCAAUCACAGCAGCUUGUUCCAGAUCAACCCUGGUGCUCGAUGGUACUAUGAGUGGGAGAGUGCCGCCACCAAGGCGCAGCGCUUCACCAAGCACGCAUUGCGAGUGUACAUCUUCCAGCGUGUCCAGUCGCAGUUGCGUGUGGUAGGUCUGAUCUCCUCGUCCGAGUUCAUGGUCGUAUCUUAUCGUCGGGCUCCCGGUGAAGUGCGUGCCGAGCGUGAGGCAAUGGAGGCCUUGCGCACGGCUGUCGGCACUCAGCAACUUGUUCAACCGGAUGCUGAUGGACACAGCAGUAGCCGCAUUACAACCCCAUCCUAUGAGCGUAAAGCUCCACCAACUCCGCUUCGACAGAUAGCAGGCCGUGAAGAGAUGCUCUGGCAGAACCGCAAGUUGUGGGAAUGUCGACAUCCAGACAUUAUGACGUCGUCCAAGCAUCUCGCUAUCCUCUUCUACUUCCUGCGGUAUUUGAACGCAUCGUCACACGGAGCUAGUUUGGAAGUUCUAAGUGGACUUUUCAAGGACCAAGUCGAAGGUUAUCGUUCAGUAGACGGCAAGGUAUGGGAGGGGGAUAACGACACAUACCAACAGUUCUCUACACCACUAUCGUGGGCCUUUCUCGAACCCCUCAAACGAGGGGAAAGUAAGUCGCACAGGUGUGACGAUGCAGUUGAGAACGAGGAAGGAGGACAAUGUUCGUUCACACGGCUGGUAGAGGUCUGCACUAGUCUGGCCGGUUGGCUGACUCUGGACUGCGCCAACCUGGAAAUUUAUCGUCGCAUCCUCCGAUCCUACAGCCCAGCGCUCUUAGAUAAAGAUCGAGUGCGUGCUGGAUACGUGGAGGCAGUCGAGAUGAUGUGUAAGCUAGUUGAUCGCUUCACUGGCUGGAACAAGGACUCGUCCACUUCGUCAUCCACAUCUCUGUCUCUUUUGAGCGAAGAGAUCAUGAUGGCCGUGUUCAAGUACGACCACCUCAAGACGCUGCGACGUGUGCUGAUGGAUGUCCUCUCGUCGAACUCAAUGUUUGGUAUGCACGAGUUUGUGGCUCAACUUCGAACUCAGUAUGUACUAGAGCAGAUGUCCGCAGUACCAAGUCGCACCGUGUUGGCGUGGCUAGAUGGAAGAUACGCUUCAGUAUUUGAUGGAUCAUGGGUUUUCAACGGACAUCGAUCUCUUGUCACACCGAUUCGAGGCUCAGCAGCUACUGAUGUCUCGUUAGGGUGUCUACUAACAUUCAUGCGUGAGCUCGCUCGAAUCAGCAUUCGCCCAGUGGAUGGGCAAUCGCUGGAGAUAUACUCCGACUGGAACCUCGGCAAUAUCUGCGCUAGAAAGAAUAAGCGGGUAGCUAGCAGCCACUCAGGCAUGAGGUUGGUGCUGGAUGGCAGACAACGAAGCUUCAGCAAAUUCCUAAGCGGGAUCUCUAGCUCCAUUCCUCUUGGUGGGUAUAACUACGGAGACUACCGUGGUAAGCUUACCUCUCCGAGUAGCUUCGUGGUUGAAAUGAGCUCGUGGCCAGUGGAUAGCAACAGAAUGCAACCAGCUUUCCGAUGGAAGUUGCAGGUUGACUUGGAACCAGACAGCCACGUUCAAAAUCGCGAGGGCAAUUUAAGACACCUCCUUGUGAACGGUAUCGUCGAGGAGGGUUUCUGGAGAAUGGAUAGCAACAACCAAGACCAGGAUUCCCAAGCAACGCCAUUUAAACUAAAGUAUGCGUCUGUGGAGGCGUGGUAUCCGGUGUACGAGAUCGUAGGUGUUUACGACCGAAUAGGAUAAGCAUGAAAAAGUGGUAGUGUUUUUAUUAGUAAACAGUGGGCCACUGGCCUCGCCGAAUGCUUGUUGCUCAGUUUCUCUGCUUCAUUGAUGACUGGAAAAUAUAAUCAAUAGUCUUGUUUCCGUAA